AUGGCUUCCUCUGCUCCAGCACCGAUAGUGAUACCUCCCAGUCAAGAUUUCGACGGCAAUGACGGUCCUUGGUCUUCUUUUUACCUUGAAAUCGGUUCCCCUGCCCAAGAUGUCAAGGUUCUGAUUUCGACAGCUGGCUAUCAAACGUGGGCCGUCGUCCCACAGGGUUGCGUUGCUUCUGAUCCUCCGGAUUGCGCGACGUUGCGCGGCGGCUUGUUCAUACCCAGUCAGUCCAGUACAUGGAGUUAUAACAAUGCAAGCAUCAAUGGGACCUUCACGCUGGAGCUUGAGACUAACCUUGACUUUUCCGGCAAUGGAGAUUAUGGCUACGAUACCAUAGUACUUGGUUACCAAGGUAGCAAUGGACCCUCCCUCCAACAGCAAACCAUAGCAGGUAUCGCAACAAAAGAAUUCUAUCUUGGCGUCUUCGGUCUGAAUCCUCGGUCGACCAAUUUCUCCACGUUCGAUGACCCUGUACCCAGCUACAUGGCGACUCUUAAGGACAGAUCUAUGAUUCCGUCCUUGUCUUGGGGUUAUACAGCAGGAAAUCAGUAUCGCCCUGGCACAGUUCUGGGCAGCCUCACGUUGGGGGGCUAUGACUCAUCACGGUUCGUCACGAAUGACGUGACGUUUGCCUUCAAUCAAGUGGAUGAGCGCGAUCUUACAGUCAAUGUUGAGAGCAUCCUCAUGACCACCAGCAACAACACUGUCCAUCUGUUGAACAACAGCAUAGAGGCGUAUAUUGAUUCCACUAUACCCUAUUUCUACCUCCCGUUAGAUGUAUGUCAGCAAUUCGAGGAUGCUUUCGGAAUACUGUGGGACAACGAUGUUCAGGCUUAUCUGGUCAACGACACUCUGCACAACUCUCUACAGACCCAGAAUGCCACGGUGAUCUUUUCAGUUAGCAACACGACACACUCAGUCAGCAUCUCAUUGCCAUACGCGGCCUUUGAUUUGAUCGCAGAAUACCCUUUGGUCACCAAUACAACUCGAUACUUUCCCCUCAUGCGCGCCACGAACGACAGCCAAUAUACCCUUGGCAGAGCGUUCCUUCAAGAAGCAUACAUUAUUGCCGACUACGAGCGCCGCAAUUUCUCGAUUUCUCAAUGCAGCUGGGAUCCCGGAGCUCAAGAAAGCGUUGUCGCCAUCGAGUCACCGGCCAACUCAGAGGCGAGCGGAAAGCUAGUUGCUGGUACCGAUACUAGGGGCUUGACUUCUGGGCGCAUUGCUGGAGUCGUAGUCGGCAGCAUUGUUGGCCUUCUUUUCGUUGUUUUCUUGGCUUUUAGGGGCAAAAGGAAGGUCACUACGAAUGUGGAUACCGGAUUUCAAGGAAAGCCCGAGUUGGCCGCAAAAGACGCGCCACUCUUCCACGGAGACAAAACUUCGAACGCAAAGACGCUAGGACUUGACGGCGGGAGCGAUAGGGAACGCGAACUCGACAGUUACAUGCAUCCAGCUGCAGAGCUUGAAGCCAGUAGAGACAUACAGGAGAUGAAGAGCAACGAGGAAGUCGGAAUUGAGUUGGCAAUCUCGAACUUGCAAGUCAGCGAGCUGCCGUCCUAG